AAGAAGAAGGAAAAGGAUAGAUGGCGGUACCACUUCUAAGUAAGAAAAUCGUGAAGAAGAGGGUCAAGAAGUUCAAGAGACCCCAGAGUGACCGCAAAAUCUCUGUUAAGACAAACUGGCGUAGACCAAAGGGUAUUGAUUCUUGUGUAAGAAGAAAAUUUAAGGGAUGCACUUUGAUGCCCAACAUUGGCUAUGGUUUAGACAAGAAGACACGACAUUAUCUCCCAAAUGGCUUUAAGAAAUUUGUUGUGCACAAUGUUGGAGAACUUGAACUUUUGAUGAUGCACAACAGGACAUAUUGUGCUGAAAUUGCCAAUGAUGUUUCGACAAAGAAGAUAAAAGAGAUCGUUGAACGGGCAGCACAGUUUGGGGAGAAAGAGGACAAUUUGCCAGCUGAUCAUGUGUCCAGUUUAGCCGAGUAUGCAUUGGGCCUUGAGGAAGAAUUGCAACAUUACCAGGAACAGGUUUCCGAUUUAGACCACACUAUUAGUGAUGCAUACGACGAACGACAAGAGGUGAUCGACGUCUACGAGGAUCAAAAUGCUGCUAAGGAGCGUGUCAUCAUCGAUGCGCUAAUUCAGAUGAGCGAGAUUGCUCGAUACUUGGGAGAGUUGGCUAUUUAG